CUUCGAUAGGGGUGGGCGAGCACGUGUUGCGAAUAAGUCGUGUCAGUGAGGUGGGGGUCCUCUGCACUCGUCGUUGAAAAACCCUCGGGUGGCGCAAAUGCAUCCCAUUACUUCGUGGAAAGUUGAAGGUAACGAAAGCACCGUGAAUCGAAGAGAAAGUAUUAACAUUCUGCUCGAUUUAACGACCCGAGCAAGAUAUGAGGGCUCUUUCGAGUGAUUCGACUAUCCUGAUUCUUUUACCUCUUGCGUUAUUCUUCGCGCGCGUCAUCGGCGACGGUGACGCGAGAACGUCCACGAAGUUAAACAGUUUAUUUAUCAAUAGUCAAAAGCCACAAUUCGUCUCGUUUAACAGUAAAGAAGGAGAUAUCGAAAUCAAUUGGGACGUGUCCGUACCCUUUUUCAGGAUACCGCUGAGUCAUAUGAACAAACAUAAUGAGAUAACACCGUUGAUUGAUGUUAAUACGAAAGGAUUGUCGAUCGCUGGCAUAUUAACAGCCAUUCUCACCUUAGCUGUACCUGUCUUGUCGAAGCCAGGUCCUGGAAUGCAUUAUCGAAGUUCUGACUCGCAAUGGUCUCGAAUGGGAAAUACGAUAAACGAGAUCAUGCUCGGCAAUAAUUACGUCACACCCUGUAUACAGCGCAUUAUCUGCUCCAUCAUUUCCGAGGCGAGUCACUCCAACAAUCCUACGAGUACUGACAAGAUCAUUGAUGGCUUGUCAAGUCACGAGUGGUUUAAGGAAUUCACGAACGGCACAGUCCUUCAGGAAGCUAUAAGAAUAGGACGAGAGAGACAUCACGACUGCGGGCGUGUUUACAAGGAGUGUUUUGUGACACCGCGAAUCCUUAAAAGCGUAAUGAUGCAAUUCGGCGCAAUCUGACGUUUGACAUUCGACGCACGAAAUGUUAAUUAAAGGUAUUAUUGAUCGGAGUACGCGAUUUUUCAUAUGUUUCUCUUUAUGCCAUCGCACAUAUCCUUGUUAUUCAUUGCAGGAACGGCCUAUCACACGUGAAUUUUACAAAAGCUUGUCCACCAUUGUCGUCAAAGACUGGCGAAUCUAUCUCACGUUCAAUUUUGAAAUCACUCGCGGUGUAACGAGCGAGUUACAUCAGGGAAGUCGAUCUACAUUAUUCCGAUGCACGAGGUGUGAAAUUUCGUCGCGUCUAAGAAAUCUCACUACGUGCAAUUUAGAUGACACCUCGAUGCGCUUUUACUUUUCUUUUUCUUCAUAAUCGCAGGAAAAUCACAGUCAUUUUAGUAAAUACA